AUGGACCUGAUGGCUCAUGGUGUUACUGAUGUGUUCAAAUGGUGGCUGUUUAUGGCUACGGACAUCAUUGGCGAACUUACGUUUGGCGACUCAUUUCGAAUGCUUGAGAUUGGCAAGAAAAAUCAAUACAGCCUUGACAUGGAAAGACUGAUAUCACUGCAACCCUAUCGAAUGAAGUACCCGUUUCUAGUGAAGAUUGCAAGGUAUGUUCCACUGCGGGCUAUUAAGGACACGGCGAAAGCAGAGGGCAGACUCCAGACGUAUGCCAUGCAGUCCGUUGAUCGCUACAAGAAACUCAUCUCUCAAAACCCAUCCAACCCAAAGCAAACCCUGUUCACGAAACUGUUUGAUGAAAAGAGCGGCAUGUCGUAUUCGGAUAUUAUACAGGAGGCUCGGGGAUAUAUUGUUGCAGGAAGCGAUACUACAGCUGUCACGCUGACCUAUCUUACGUAUUCCGUGUGUCGGGAUAACCGAGUGCGAGGGAAGCUUGUUGCCGAAUUGGCUACUGUUCCGGAGCCUGUCACGGACAAAAGCCUCAGAGACCUACCAUACCUCAAUCAGGUUAUCAACGAGACUUUGAGAUUAUACACAGCUGUUCCGUUCGGUUUACCUCGACUAGUCCCACCCGAAGGUGCUCAUUUCAAUGGGUAUCAUGUGCCAGGGGGGACGACAGUCUCAACCCAGGCCUAUAGUCUUCAUCGAGACCAGGCUAUCUUUCCAGACCCGGAUAAUUUCAACCCCGAGAGGUGGGAAAAUACUACAAAAGAAAUGAAGGAUGCUUCUUUACCAUUUGGUGGUGGAUCAAGGAUCUGCUUGGGUAUACACCUAGCUCGAAUGGAGCUCCGUCUAGCCACGGCACUUUUCUUCCGAGCCCUACCCAAUGCUCGACCUUCUACGAAAGAAGGCAUGACAGCUAACGACAUGGAGAUGCAAUCCUUCUUCUUAAUGGCACCGCAAGGCCAUCGCUGCAUUAUCGAGACAUGA